AAAAGAUGCAUAAAUAAAUCUAAAUCAAAACAAACUCUCCAAGAGCAGUUUGUAAAAUCAAGAAAAUGAGAUUAGAUUAUUAUCAGGCUCCGUACCAACUUGUUCAUAAAUAGGACCAUUGCGUUCUCGCAGUUUUUAGCUUCAAGCCUCCAACUUCCUCUACCAUCCCUCUCUCCGCCUCUCACAAACGUAGAGACAUAAAAUGAUGCUGAAGCUGUGGAAAUGGUACCAGAACUGCCUCUCUUUUCACCCACUGAAGACUCAGGUCAUCAGCUCCGGCGUCCUCUGGGGCGUUGGCGACAUUGCUGCCCAAUACAUCACUCACUCCAACGCUAGAAAGCGUCUUCAACUUUCUGAUACAGACGCAGACUUCAAAGUUAACUGGAAACGCGUAGCUAUAACAAGCACGUUUGGGUUUGCCUUUGUUGGACCAGUUGGCCAUUUCUGGUACGAAGGCUUGGACAAAUUUAUAAAGCUGAAGCUUCACCUACAACCUAAGUCAGCGCGGUUUGUUGCUGCUAAAGUGGCAAUGGAUGGCCUUAUCUUUGGCCCUUUGGAUUUGUUGGUGUUUUUCACUUACAUGGGAUUUUCCACUGGCAAGAAUUCUGUUCAAGUGAAGGAAGGUUUGAAGAGAGAUUUCCUGCCAGCCCUUGCUUUGGAGGGUGGUGUGUGGCCAAUUGUUCAGAUUGCAAAUUUCCGAUAUGUUCCUGUGAGGUACCAACUCCUCUAUGUUAAUGUCUUCUGCCUGUUGGACAGUGCAUUUUUGUCAUGGGUUGAGCAACAAAAGGAUGCUGCUUGGAAGCAGUGGUUCACAUCUUUUACUUCUUUUAAGGAAGGAGGAGGUCAGGGAAGAUUAUGAUUAUCUUCUUCCCCACUUUUGUAUUCUUUCUUUCUCUUUCGUUUUACAGUACUGCAAAUGGGGGGGGAAAAAGGCAUGUGUUUAGGACACAGAGAAUCAUGAGCCCUCCUUAGACUACCAACCUGCGUUUUCAAUGUUGGGGUUAUGGUAGUGGUGUAAUUGUUUUCCAGU